AUGAGUUAUCGUCACGCUAUGGAUGAAGAUUCUUUAAACGGCAUGUCUCUCCAGGGCUCAGAGUUUUCCGAAGAAGAACAUGACUUCAACCCGAAAACUGAAGUCCAUCCUCAGUUUGUGCAGACUUCGUAUGAGAGAUCUCUAAGACUCCCGCUUAAUGACUAUAAUACUAGUCUAUCUAGAAAAAAUUUCAAGUUAUCACUACUGGGUUACUUCAUAGAUGACCGAUCCUUCACAGAUGGUGACAUGCAAGUGUAUAUGGUGGAGAAUUGGCCCAUGUACACCAGGAUCUUGCAUUAUGACCGCAACUUCUUCAUCAUUAAGUUUGCUUCAAGGGCUGAUCUCCUCCUGGCCUUAGAUAAUGAGCCUUAUGCGGUUGAUGGUGGUCUUUUAGUCCUCCGCAGAAUGUAUGAUCAUGAAGAUCUGGUGCUAGACAAUAUUCAGAUUGACAAGAUAAGUGUUUGGGUUCGCAUGCAUGGGGCUGCUAUCACCUCUUACAACUACCGCGGUCCUAGAGAUCUGGUAAAGAAUCUGGGAGAUAUUGCACUUAUCAAAGAAGACUGUGUUAAUCUCCGCAAAGCUACAUACAUCCUAGUCAAGGUAUGGAUUAAUCCGGGAAAGCCAUUGACUCCAACAUUCCAUUAUACCAAAAGAAAUGGAAAACUGGGUAAAAUUCACUGUAAGAUGGUUUCCAUCUUACGAAAUUGGAUGCCCCCUCUGCCUGACGCUAUGUAUCCAGCCAUGUUUCCGGAAGAUGAUGAUAAUGAUGAUGAUGAUGAUGAUAGCCAGGAUGAUCAAGGUCAUGAUGACAACGACAACCACGAUGAUGAUGGCCACAAUGGCCAUGGUGGAGGGGAUAAUCCUGGCGGUCAUAAUCAUGCUAAUGGAGAUCCUGAGGCAUCUCACAGAGAUAAUUGGGGUGGAGGGGACUUUGAUCCUCUGAACUCGAUCCGUCUCAAUUAUGGUGAGAUGCUUGCAAAUGGCUCAAUAGAUACUUCUAGAAGGGCGGCCCCAACAGCUCAAGAAAUGCUAUCAGAUAAUUCUGAUAUAGCUUCCACUGAGUCUAUUCAAUCUUAUGACACUUUAGCAAAUCCCAACUUUGUUCCUGUUGUUGAUGUUUUUAAUGAUCUAAGUCCCCUGUUUGUGGGUGAUGUACCUGUAUCCCCAAACUCUGUUUUUGAUGUGUUCUUGUCGGAUUCUAAGUCUGUAAUUAGUUUUAAUGAGACUGAGAACAUGUCAGAGUCUGUAAAUGCUGUCGGUGGAGAUGUAAUUUCCCAUUCCUCAGACUCUAGUUCCUUUUUAAGAUCUUUAAUGUAUUAUUUGGCUUUGGAGGAGAACAAUGUGAUGCCAUUCUGUGAUGCCAUGGCUUCGGAGGCGAUUUUCUCCACUCCUGCAAAGAACUUUCCAGAGGCAACAUGGUCUAUAAAAAGGAAAGGCGGUUGGACGAUGUCUGCUCCAGAGCUGGAAUAUGAGAGCGAAUCAGAAUCUCAAGAGAAGGUGAAUUCCUACAGGAUGAAGGUUAGGAAAGUGGUCUUGGAUUCAGAAGUUGAGUUAGCCCCCGUCAAGAAAGACAAGAAGAAGAAGCAGAAUUCCAGAAGAAAGUCUCAGGAACCACGCUCUGCCCACAAGCAAGGUCGUGCUGAGUUUUGGUCCCAGCUCAAUGCCAAUCUAAGCUCUUUUAAUUAUCCUAUUGUGUUAUUAGGAGAUUUUAAUCAGGUGGUUUCACAGAAAGAUAAAUGUGGUGGUAGAUUAGUUAGGGAUCAAGAUACUGUUCCAGUGCAUCAGUUCCUGACACAAAAUGAUUUGGAGGAACUCAAACACAUUGGAUGUUGGAAUACCUGGACCAACAAGAGACAGAAUGAAGAGGCGAUCUAUGAAAGAAUGGAUCGGGGCUUUGUCAACAAGCAGUGGUUAUCUGUGCUCCCAGUAGCAUCAACCAGGAAUUUGCCAAUUAUGGUCUCUGAUCGUGCUCCAAUUUUGGUACAAAUCAAGAACAAGAAAUAG